AUGCUAGUUAAGUGUCCACAUCAUGGCAUUCCAGAUCAGAUGUUGGGACAAAGGUUUUACAUGGGAUUGGCAGAUAGCUUGAAGGCCAACAUUGAUGCUUCAGUAGGUAGAGCAUUUUUGAGCAAAUCAUUUAGAGAGUGUAAGGUCAUGCUCGAUAAAAUGGCUCAAAACUCAGGAUGGAUGACAAGAGACACUACAAUCACCUCUGUAGUUCACUCAGUAGCUUUGGACCCAAACAACCCCAUAGCCGAGAAUAUGGCCACGCUGAUGACGCAAAUGAGUAUCCUCACCAAAAAGAUUGAUGAAUCAGGCCAGAAGCAAGUACAGAUAGUUGACACGACUAAUGGCGGCUUAUGUACACUAUGCAUUAACCAACCAUAUGUGUGUUCAUGGAGUAGUGAACAUGAAAGUGACAAUCAAAGCUACCAAGAGAAUAUGAAAUAUGUCAGCAAUUAUGGAGGCCAGAGGCAAGGUGGUCAGAAUUGGGGAAUACUGCAACAACUGAUUGCAUCCAAUGGAAAAAUGCAAGAGAAGGUUGAAGCAUAUGACUCGGCGAUAAAAGGCAUUGAGAUUCAAUUAGGGCAGAUAUCUAUGGCUCUGAAAAAUUGCCCCCAAUGGACUUUACCUGCAGACACACAUGUCAAUUCGAAAGAGCAGGUCCCGAAGCAGCUAAUGGCGGUGAGUCUGAGAAAUGGUAGAGAUCUUGACCUAGAGAUCGAACUCAAGUCACAGGAAAGAAGCGACCGCCAGUACCCUUCCUGUAGAUAUCAGAAGGAUGAGCAGUAUAAGAAAUUCAUGGAAAUGCUGAAGCAGAUUCAAGUGAACAUUCCACUGAUUGAUGCCUUGAAGGAGAUGCCUGGUUAUGCAAAAAUGAUGAAGGACCUGAUGUCUCGCAAUUUCGACUUUCAAGACUUGGCAACUGUUACUCUAACUCAGACCUGUAGUGUUAUCAUGACGAGACCCAUAGCUGAGAAGCUAGCCGACCCAGGGAGUUUCACAAUCCCAUGCAGAAUAGGCAGCUAUGCUUUUUCUAAAGCAUUAUGUGAUUUGGGGGCAAGCAUAAACUUGAUUCCAUUAGCUAUCUAUAAAAGGUUAGGCAUUGGAAGAGCAAGACCCACAUCAAUGUUACUACAGCUAGUCGACCGAACGGUGAAGAGGCCAUCAGGUAUACUUGAUGAUGUACUUGUGCAAGUUGGAAAAAGUCUAUGCAGCGACCCAGUGAGUUUGCUAACUGCUCUCUCUGAUAGAAGCCGUGGAUGUGAUUUUGGAGGAGGAAGACGAGGCACUGAAUGCAAAAGACCCCCUACCAGCUUUCCUGAUGAACCUAGAAGAGGUACGAAUAUGCCUCCUAAGAAGGACAACGGUAAAGGCAAGGGCAAAGCCACUACUCCCACCAAAGCUAAGGCUUCCUCCGCACCUCCGCCAAAAAAGAGGAGAGGAUGGGAAGCUACUUCAAGCCAGGUUGAGGGGUUAUAA